AUGUUCCCCCUCGACGAGCUGCGUCCCGAAUGGACUCCUUUGCAUCCAUACACCCCCUCGGAUUCCACCGAUGCGCCCACCUUCCCUUCACCCUUGGGCACAGCCAGCUGGGGUCAUGAUGGCUUCUCCCAUGACCCUGGCUUCCUGGCGUCGCAGGAAGAGCUCCGAUGCAUGCUUUUCAACAUAGCCCAGUCUGCCGCCCCGACACGCGCACCAAGCCCUGAACUGCAUGCCCUACGCGACUCCGAAUUGCCGACUCGCCCUGUAUUGUCGAGUCCACGUCGCAUUGAAUACUUGAAGAACUAUGUCGGGCAGGUGGCACCUUGGCUCGAUAUGUUCGAUUCGCAGUGCACGUUCCGAGUUCAAAUUCCCGCGCUCGCCCGCUCGUUCCCCGCACUGAUGAACGCGAUUCUCGCUAUAUCCGCCCGACAAAUGGAAAGGAAGGAAGGCAUUCAAGACUCGUUCGACAGUCUGGAACUCUAUCAGGAAGCGAUUCGCUUGCUGAGCCCGCUCUUGCAAAUGCGCGACCCCAAAGUGGUGGCCGCCUGUGUCCUGUUGUGUUGUCUCGAAAUGAUGUCUGCCCGUGCGCAAGACUGGCAGCGUCAUUUGGAAGGUUGCGCUGCACUAUUCGAGUCGUUCGGAAUGAACGGAUUUAGUAGCGAUCUUUUACAAGCGGUAUUCUGGUGCUACGCGCGUAUGGACUUGUGCGGUGCGCUGAUCUCCGAUGGAACUCAGAGCACCCUUCUUCGACCCAGCAAGUGGCUUGCGCCUGGAUGCCAUGAAGACGAUGCUGCCCAGCUGUUCCAGGCGGUCCGGUCGCCAGACAUGCAUGCGAAUUACGCCGUCUAUCUUUGCGCCAGGGCAUGUGAAUUAGUGGCUGAUCGGACUCAGUUCAUGGAGCUAGGUGUGCAGAAUGGUUGUAAUGGGGAAGUCUUCAAUCGUCGUUGUCUCCGACUGUGGGAUGACCUGCAGCAUUGGCUAGACAGCCGCCCACCGGAACUGUUGCCUGUCCAUACCACCACGACGAAGCCGUUUCCACACAUCCUCUUUCUGCAUUGGGCGGCCAUAUCCUCCACCCAGCUCUAUCACACCGCGUGCAUCUUGUUGUUGAAUACGAUGCCCAAGUCAGUCAAGCUGCCGCCAACAUCAGUCACAUCCGCACUUUGGCAUGCCAGGCGCAUUUGUGGGAUCUCACUUGCCAAUCCUCACCAGGGCUGCUUGAACAACGCGAUACAACCGCUGUGGAUUGCAGGUCGAUUGUUCAGCCACAGGUCAGAACACGCGAUCAUCAUCGACCUGAUCCGACAUAUAGAAGCCGAGACGGGAUGGGGUGCUUGCUGGCGCAUCCGAGAUCUGGAACUUGCUUGGGGGUAUCCGGCAUCACGUUCAAACCAUGCAACAAGACCUCGAAUUCCCAUCACCCAGUGA